AGCCUUCUGUCAUCUCUAUUGAACUUUCAACUUUUUUGCUCAAUUUACUUUUUUUUCGUCUUUCUUCCAAAACCGCUCGUUUACUUUUCAAGCAACAAGCCGACAUUCGCAAAAACCUCAUCUUUCCCCAAGCCAGAGAUACUCCUCAAUUCACAGCAAUGAUGAACCACCGCAUGCUACGAACUAUGCCUAACCUCAAGCUUGCAACCCGACGGCUUUACUCAACUGCACGCCCUCCUCGUGUCCUGGUCACUGGCAGCCUUGGUCAGCUCGGCACCACCAUGGUCAACACCCUUCGGGCGAAGUUUGGCAGCGAAAAUGUCGUCGCUUCAGACAUCAAAAAGCCCGCCCUGGAGCAGCGCAGCACUGGCCCGUUCGUGUACGCCGAUGUGCUCAACUAUCGGGCAAUGGAGCAGGUUGUUGUCGACUACGGAAUCGACUGGAUCGUGCACUUUUCCGCUAUCUUGUCGGCCGCUGGCGAGCGCAACCCGGCGCUGGGACUUAAUGUCAACAUCAACGGGUUCCAGAACGUCCUCGAUCUGGCAAAGAACCACGGCCUGCGGCUGCUGUCCCCAAGCACGAUGGGCGCCUUUGGCCCGACAACGCCUAAGGACGAGACGCCGGACCUGACGAUCAUGCGCCCGAAUACGAUCUACGGUAUCAGUAAGGUGCACAUGGAGCUUUUGGGCGAGUACUACACGGAGAAGUUUGGCGUGGACUUCCGCAGUCUGCGCUACCCUGGCAUCAUCUCGGCAGACUCACCACCGGGCGGCGGCACGACCGACUACGCUGUGGAUAUUUUCCACUCUGCGCUCAAGGAGAACCAGUACUCAUGCUUCCUCAAGUCUGAUACGCGCCUGCCGAUGGCGUAUAUUGACGAUUGCAUUGUCGGAACCAUGCAGCUUCUCGAAGCCCCCCAGGAGGCCCUAACGCAGCGCGUGUACAAUGUGCAUGCGUGCGCGUUUUCGCCCGAGGAAUUGACCGCUGAGAUCCGUCGCCACCACUCGGAUGACUUUGCCAUUGAGUAUCGCCCCGAUUUCCGCCAGGCAAUCGCCGACACAUGGCCCCGCACGAUGGCCGAUGAGGCCGCGCGCAGGGACUGGGGCUGGAACCCACUCUAUGGCACAACCGAUAUUGUGCGCAUCAUGCUUGAAAAGCUCAGGCCCGUUUACGCUGCAAAUGCCUCAUCUAAUGCAGCCACUUCAUCAUCAAUCCUGGAUAUUGCGACACCGGCAGCAGUUGUGGCGAAUUAAGUUGAUUUUUAAAUUGCAUUUAUUUUUUUCAUUUUUGUUUCAUCAAAAGAAUAUUAUAGUCGAAACAAA